CCGUGACAACUAGCACCGGAGCUUCAGGAAAAACGUCAGUAAACUUUGUGGAUAGCUUUAGUCGGCAGUUCCUUCACAAAACAAACAUUAUGGAUACCGGAAAGCGCAGCUUCAGCUCGUUUGUCUGUGGAAAAGUUUGAGAGUCUUCACACACCGAAGUUUUGGAUUUUUUCUUUUGGACUUCCUCUGCUGGACUGUUCUGGCUGUUCGUUCUGGGGGAAACUUAGUUACAAGCUCAAGAAUGGAUUGCCAGUCGUGUCUCUGAGCCGUGCUCCAGAGCGGAGCACUGAGGAUCCACUGUUACACAGAGCCGCCUUCACUGAGCCCGGUCAAGAAGAACGAUCAGGAUGGACACGCACUCGAACUGCCCUAACGUCAGUAUCCCCUGCUACAAUGAGCAGAGAGACAAGAAAAAACGUUAUACUGUUUACAAAGUGAUGGUCAGAGUUGGAAGAUAUGAGUGGUUUGUCUUCAGGAGAUAUACAGAAUUUGAUAAACUGUAUAAUACAUUGAGAAAACAGUUUCCUGGAUUGAAUUUGAAGAUACCUGCCAAGAGAAUAUUUGGUGACAACUUCGACCCAGAGUUUAUAAAGCAGAGGAGAACGGGGUUACACGAGUUCAUUCAGAAAAUCGUGACCCAUCCACAGCUCAGCAAUCACCCUGAUGUUCGAGACUUUCUCCAAAUGGACAAAACCCAGAAUGUCUCAGAUGCUUCAGAGGAUGAAGAUGAGAAGAACAAUUCUACCUCCAGAAAUAUUAACCUGGGACCAUCUGCAAACCCUCAGGCAAAACCCACUGACUUCGACUUCCUGAAAGUCAUCGGUAAAGGGAGCUUCGGAAAGGUUCUCCUCGCAAAGAGGAAACGAGACGGGAAGUGUUAUGCAAUCAAAGUCCUUCAGAAAAAAGUCAUUUUAAAAAGGAGGGAGCAAAAACACAUCAUGGCUGAGCGCAAUGUGCUGCUAAAAAACGUGAAGCACCCUUUUCUAGUCGGAUUGCACUAUUCCUUCCAGACAACAGAUAAGUUGUACUUUGUCCUGGAUUUCGUCAAUGGUGGAGAACUUUUCUUUCACCUUCAAAAAGAGCGAACCUUUCCCGAGUCCAGGGCGAGGUUCUAUAUCGCUGAGAUGGCGAGCGCACUGGGAUAUUUACACUCCCUCAACAUUGUUUACAGGGAUUUGAAACCAGAAAACAUCCUGUUGGACUUCCAAGGACAUAUAGUCUUGACAGAUUUUGGACUGUGCAAAGAAGGGAUCUCUCAAGCAGACACGACCACCACAUUUUGCGGAACACCUGAGUAUCUGGCUCCAGAGGUCUUGAGAAAGCAGCCCUACGACAACACUGUUGAUUGGUGGUGUCUCGGUUCUGUAUUAUACGAGAUGCUCUAUGGCCUGCCUCCGUUCUACAGUAGGGACACGCAUGAAAUGUAUGAUAACAUCCUGCACAAGGAGCUGCCGAUGCGCCCCGGGGCGUCCACGACUGCCUGGUCCAUUUUACAGGCUCUUCUGGAGAAAGACAACACCAGGAGGCUGGGAUACAAAGAUGACUUUAAUGAAGUUAAAAGUCAUGUGUUUUUUGCCUCCAUUAACUGGGACGACCUUGUGGAGAAAAGGAUCCCACCUCCAUUUAAUCCCAGUGUGGAGUCCCAGUAUGACAUCUCAAAUUUUGACCCCGAGUUCACAGAAGAAACUGUACCCAACUCUGUGUGCAUCAGCAAGGAUAACUCCAUCGUCAACGCUAGCGUCAUGGAGGCUGACGAUGCUUUUCUGGGCUUUUCCUAUGCGCCACCUUCAGACGACUCCUUCCUGUAAAAUAUCUUCAGAACUGACCUAUUUUAUGCUACCAGAAAUGGUUUAGGUGUGCUCCUUCAUUCAGAAAGCAAAGAAAAUGCAAAGACCAAACCAAGGCUUUUACAGAAGGACAGACAUCUUGUGAUGCAGGGUUUUUCAACUUUUUUUUUUUUUUUUUUUUUAA